CUCGGGAGUCCAGGGGGGCGCACAAUUAGUGCUUAUUUGUGGACUCGGAACCGCAUCGUCUUUGUCUGCAAUCGAAGUGUCAGGUAAACGUGGCUUCAAAUACGCGCACGCUGCUCGAUCUGUGACAUUUGAUCCCGCCCCUCCGACGAUCCGCUGCGGUCCUCCACGACUGGUGAGAGAGUCAACUGAUAGUCUGAUUCCAUCGGUGACUCGAUUUCCGCUCCCGACGGGAAACCCACGCAAUACAGUCAAUAGAUGCAGGGCCCGAUCCACCGAUCGGAGGCGAUAAAAACCCUAAUCCUCGCUAGAAAUUAGGCCACCGGAAAGAGGAAAUUAUCCAUCCUUUCCUGAUUUUUCUUUCUCAGUUCUUUCGAUCUUUACCUCUGAGGAGGAAAAACGGCGUCGCUUUUCCGGCUAGGGAUUCGGAUUUUCGGGACUGGGAAUUGGAUCUCGGACUCGGACGCAACUGGUGGCUGCCGGUGGGUUCGGGUUGAACGACGCUAGGGUUCCGAAAGAUCGCGUUCUUCUCAAGGAGAUUCGGGGGAAGACACGGACUGUUAGGCUGGGGGUGGUGUGGCGGUCCUGAAUUUGGGCUGCCGACGCUAUUUGUGAAAGUUUUAGGGGACAUUUGGGUGGUCGUUUGACAGGCCUAAAGGUUUGGGGCGCAAUGUCGUGGGCGGGACCAGAAGAUAUCUUGUUCUCCACCUCCCUUGCAAGCUAUCUUGAUAAAAAGCUUCUUGUAUUAUUACGUGAUGGGCGAAAGCUUCUGGGUAUUCUUUGUUCUUUUGACCAGUUUGCAAAUGUGGUUCUUCAAGGUGCUUGUGAGCGAGUAAUUGUAGGAGAUCUGUAUUGUGAUAUUCCUCUUGGUCUCUAUGUCAUUCGUGGGGAGAAUGUUGUCUUAAUAGGAGAAAUGGACUCAGAGAGGGAGGAGCUUCCAGCCCACAUGAUAUGUGUUUCAGAGUCAGAGAUUAGAAGGGCUCAAAGAGCAGAAAGGGAUGCCACAGAUCUGAAAGGCUCUAUGAGAAAAAGAAUGGAGUUCCUUGAUCUGGAUUGACAGCGUGCCCCAUCCUCCUCGGUCAUAUUCAUUACCAUUUUGGUAUGCUGAAAUCAUCUCAUCCGCAUCUUUUAUCGCGGUUCGUUUCGGAACGAUGACAUAAAGCCCCUUUCUCUCCCUUUACCUUAUCUAUUUGUGCUUGAUAAAGUUUGAAACUCGUGUCUGUGAUACUGCUCUUUCCUAUCGUAAUUCAUCAAAGACUUGGAAGUUCCAUAUUCCACUCGGUUCCCACCUGUGCUGUUUGACAUGUAAGUUUGUUAACUGAUGAUGAUGACUGAAAUGAUUCUGAUGAACAGGCAA